AUGCUCAGACUGAAAGCGCUCGUCUCCCGCCCGCUGCGACCAGGCCCUGCUCUGCGUCCGCGGGCGCCGCUAGUGGCCCACCGUCUCCAGUCAUCGGGCAAAUCCUAUCUCGACAGUCUCACCACGCCCGAGCUCCUGGGCUACGGCGUGAUCGGCCUGGCCACUCUGUCCAAGUCCACGCUCAACACGGUCAUUUCUCUUUUCCCAUACGCGCCGCUCUGGCUCGUCAAGCUGCUCGUCUACCGCAAUUAUUGCGGCGGAGACAACCUUGCACAGGUUCUCCAAACAGGCGACCGCCUUGCCCAGCGCGGCAUCCAGAACAUGAUGCUGUCGCUGACGAUUGAGGCAUGCGACGGCACACAGACGUCGGUGCCGGUCAGCCAGAUCGUCGAGCAGACGCAGCAGUCGAUUUCGCAGGUGCUAGUUCCGCACACGGCCAAGAUGAUCUCAAAGGCUGCGGACAUCAACUCCGUGCCGCCGGGUUACGUUGCGCUCAAGCCAACGGGACUGAUUGAUGACGCGGCCGAGAUUUUGCGUAACCACAACAACGCCAAGUACGACGCCGGGUACCAGCAGCUGCUGAGCAACUGUCGCGACAUUUGUCGUGUCGUGGCACAGGAAAAUGAGAAACUGGCCAAACAGUAUCCAGGCAGAACGGCUCCGUUUGUGGCGGCCGUGAUCGACGCUGAGCGCAGUGAUCUCCAACACGGCGUGUACAGACUCCAGAGAGACCUGUUCCGCGAGUUCAACCAUGGCAAAAUUAACGUUAUUGGCACUGUCCAGAUGUAUUUGCAGGAAUCGAGCCACAUUCUUGCUGAAGAAGAGAAGCUGGCACGUAAGGACGGGUACCUGCUGGGCUGGAAGCUCGUGAGAGGUGCAUAUAUCCACUCAGAGCCGGACAGAACGGUGAUUUUCGCAACAAAACAGGAAACCGACCAGAAUUACGACGCAGGCAUCGCCGCCUCGAUCGCCAACAUGAGCUCGGAAAAGCCAGCCGUGGGGCAUCUCGUUGUUGCGUCGCACAACAGAGAGUCGCAACUCAAGGCCACACAGCUGCUACAAAAGGCCGACGCGCGCGUCCGGGCCAAUGUAGUCCUCGGCCAGCUGCUUGGCAUGGCCGACAACAUCACGUUCGAGCUCAUGAACAGGUACGACGUCAAGAACGUGAUCAAAUACGUUCCUUGGGGCCCUCCGAAGGAAACCAAGGAGUAUCUCUUGCGAAGACUCGAGGAGAAUGGUGACGCCGUCAGAAGCGACAACGGCUGGCCAUUCCUUAAACAGGUCGCCAAGGCUUUGUUCAGAAGACUCCGCCAUCAAUCAUAG